AUGUCGCUAAAAUCCACAAUAAUCUUUUGGAACGACUCGCCUCCUUCGUUUAGAUACACUUGUGCGAGUAUCAUCAAAGACAAGCUAGUGACCGGAACCAGUACUGGUAUUUGUGUGUUAUGGAAUUUUGAUCAAGAUAGAUACAUCCCCUUCUCCCUCAUGUAUGGACACCAGACAAAGGUUACCGAUUUAUGUGAGUGCAGCUACGACAGCGCUUCAAAUAGUAACAGCAAUACUAUUAUCAGCAGCAACAAUGGUUUAAGUCCUGGAACUUCCAAUAGACAGCCAUCAUCUCCGCUAUUGAAUUCUUCAUCAACUCCAGCAAAUUAUCCCUAUGGUUUUGAUAAUAAUAAUUGUUGUUGCAGCAUCAGUUUAGAUGGUACAGUCUGUGUUUGGAAUUUAUAUGACGGUAGAUGUAUGGCUCUAUCACCAAAUUUGUUGUUUGAUGCUGUUCCCCAAUGUAUUUGUAAUCUCAACAAGUACAGCAACUACAAUUCAAGCAUUGUUGCAAUCAGCGGCAAACACAAUAUGAUUUAUUUGUUAGAUUUAAAUCGAUUGAAAAUUAUUCGGGUUUUAGAAGGUCAUACAGAAUGGAUUGCUUCUCUCUCAUCAGGUCCUUUUAUACUAUCGGAUGAUACCAAAUCAAAUAGAAUCAAAUCAGUUAUGUUGAGCGUAGGAGAUGACCAUUCAUUGAAAUAUUGGUCUUUUGAACUUGAUGAAAAAUCUCAUGCUAUCAAAAGUGAAGAGCCUUUGUUUAGCAUUCAAACUCCAAUAGCAACUCAACCCAAUAACCAACAAUUCAAACCUGUGAUGGUUGCCAACAAUUAUUAUUGGUCAUUGAUUGCUGUGAUUUACAAUAAGAUUGUUUACAUUUACACUUUCCAUUCCAUCCAACCUAUUUUUACUAUUACAUUGCAACAAACAUUAGAAUCCUUCUCCAUUUCUGACAAUCCUUCAUCUCUUCCAACAAAGAAUGAAAAAUUUAAAGGAGGAAUAUUUAUUGCUAAAGAUUUAUUGCUGCUUCAUACUAGCAAGGGAAACGCCUACAUUUAUAAGAUUCCUACUACAGCAAGACAACGUGUCAAGUCCAUUAUGGAUGAUAUGUUACAAUUCUAUUCAACAGCUGAUACCAGAAAAAUGAAUACUGUUCAAAGCGAAAACAGUGAUGGCUUUAUGUAUUUGGGAGACGAAGAAACUGUUAUGAAUAAUGAUGAAAACUCUACAUUCGUAAGCGAAUCAAACGUAGGAGAAAAUGGUGAAGUCGCCAACCAGACUAAAACAGAGGUCAGCAUUGUUGUUGAUGAUAGUAAGUCUGAAAAGCUUGAAACUCGUUCCACAGCAGAGUCUGAAGUGACUGAUAGCUCUCGACCAAAGAGGGUCAAAAAUUUACAAUUAAUUGUUCCAGAAAGAACAACCAUACCUCAAUCAAAAAGCAAUACUUCCUUAAAUGAUGCCUCACCUGAGACACCAUCAACAUCAGACAUUGAUCUUUCAACGAACGAUCUCACAUCCAUUGGUGCAGCCAUUGAAAGAGCGUUUUCUACCUCAAUUAUGGAUGCUUUGCAAAUAUCCUCUUCACCAUCCACACCUAAUUUUGAUAGACUUUUGCAUCAAAAAGAACAACCAAAGAUUAUUAGCACUAUAGAUGGGUGUAUUGCAGAAAAUGAUCCUUACGGUGAUUUUGUUUGGCAAUAUGAUCCAAUUAGUCGUAUUCUUUUGCGUGUUAAUAAUGGAAUAAUUAGAACAUGGAAAGUAUCAAUCUCAGCGACAUCUUCUGUUGAAAUAACACUGUUGUCGGAUGACAAUGUGCUUGCAAAAGGGUGGGGCCAAGAAAAUCAACACCAAAAUGUUUCAUCAAAUUCCAAGUCUCCAAUCAGUGUCUCUCAUUUUGCCGUCGAGAGAAUUUCACCAUGUCUUAUUCGUGGAUACUACAAUGGAGAUAUUCACAUUCAGUACAUUACCAUGAGCGGAGAAGGAAAUAAUGUAGCAGAAGCAAAAGAGCUGUACAUUCCAAAAGCCCACAAAAAACGUGUAACAACUCUACUUGUAAUGAGUGAUGAUGACAAUAACCCACUUCUCGUAUCUGGAAGUGCUGAUUAUAGCAUCAAAGUAUGGCAAUUGGACUCAAUCGACUUAACAUACCACAAAUUAUUGCGAGUGUUUAAUUACCAUUCAGGAAAGGUUGAUCUUUUGUUUGUUCCUCCAAGAACGAUUCGUAGAAAAUUACAGAAUUGCUUCUGCUCACUCUCUGACGACGACCACAGUGUCAUUAUGUACAGUAUCAAGACCUUAGAUGUUAUCCAUAUAUUGGGUGGCCAUGGAAGUACUGUAGUAGCCAUUUACUGGAGAAGUGAUUUAGAUUAUUUAUUAGUUCAAUGUAGUGAUGGGUCGGUUUGUGUGUGGAGUAUAAGUACUGGUCUGCUAGAACGUAGAGUCGUUGGAUAUGUUGCCAAGUCUCUUAUCAAGACCAGUGAACAAUCAAGUAUGAUCAGUGGUAGUUUCAAUCAAUCUGAUGCUGGUGCAUCGGCUGUCACUGGAGGUUUAAGCUCUUCAUCAGGAGGAAUUGUUAAAUUAUCUUUUUCAAAGCAAUCUGCUACAUCAGAGGCCUAUAACAAAUCAAAAGGAUUUAUUGAGUCCAUAUCUUUGCAAGUGAAUCAGCAAACUCCAGAUAUUCAAUUACUUACCAUUAGUAUUAGAAAACUUGUUACCUUUAUUAACACAAAGAAAGAUUUACUUUCGAAAUAUUUCAAUGAUGGACCAAUAGCGACUUCUUCGAUUGAUGAAGAUGAAUCAGAAACAAAAUUGAAUGAUAGGAACAUGUCAGGAUUGCUGUGUUCUCUGUCUUAUAUUUUACAAUAUGGCACUGAUCCAUCUAUUGUUCAACUCAGACAAGAGAUUCACAAUGCGAUGCAGAAAAUUCACCAAGCUCGUACACAAGAUCAGCAUGAUGCUCAAGAUUUACAAAUGGAUUCAAUGAUUAAUUUAUUACCUUUUCCAAAAGGUUUUAUUGGUUUAAAGGGAGCAGGAGAGUGUUAUUCUCUCAUUGUGCCAGAGAUGAGUCGUAGAUGCCAUCCUUUUAUUUUCUCUCCAGUACUUUCAUCCAUCUAUUUGAUUGGUACAGUAGCUGUUUUGAAUGCUAUUGUCAAUAAUCUUCCUGCAAGUUUUAAAUUCCAAAAGGUUUGCAAUGAUUGCAUUUCCUAUUAUUUGAACCAAAUUCAUACAGGAUUUGAUAAUUUUCAUGAACCUUCAUUCCUAUGGUGCGCCCAAUUUUUGAAAGACCAAUACAAAGACAUUCAACAAGCUGCCAGAUCAGUCAUGUACAGUGUGUUGCAACGUAUGGAAGGUGUUCAACACAAAUUAUUGGCUGAGAAAUUAGCGAACAUGCUCAUUGAAAGUUCAAACAAGAUGAACUCUUCAGGUAACAAACAAAUUAAUGCUCAACGACAAAAUGUUGUAGUUGCAUUGGCUUUGCUUGCCUACAGAGUCCCAAGAGCAGUCGAUGGAAGAAUUGCAACCAUCACUGCAAUGGAGUUGAUUGAUAUCUUAGAAAAAGGUGGACCUCAACACAGUACUGCAAUCACUUUAUUGGGAGAUGGUUAUUCUAUUUGGAAAUACUACAUUCCAGAUGCCAUGGGUUUCUGUCGACAACUUUUUCAAUUGUCUCUUCCAGCAUUAACAUCACAGGCACCUUCAAACUCGAACACAGAAGUGAGCCAACUCUCUGUUGAUUCAUUACAAGCAUUUGUGAACAUGGCAAGUGCAGAUACUCGACUUUAUAUUGAUUUUAUUAACAACAUCAUUUCAAAUGCCCAACAAACCAGUACAACUACUCUCAACGCAUCCAUAAGCUCGCUCUAUCCUGUCAUGCAAAGACAUCCAAAAUGUUUAAUGGAUCAUUUGGUAGUUUUAACUUCACUCUUACUAAAAGUUUUGGAUCCACAUUUCCCAGCGAUUAGAGAUGUUUGUAUGGCGAACUCUACCAAUAUUUUACGUUUCAUGGUAGAAAUUUAUCCAAUGGUAUCUUUCCAUCAAGAAAAACAAAAACUUGCAAUUGGAGCAACAGAUGGAACCGUUGUAAUUUAUGAUAUGCGUACGGCAAGCAAAUGGCAGUUAUUUGAAGCUCACACCAAAGCUCCUGUUCAUGCUUUAAGUUUCUCACCGAAUGGUCAACUCUUAUGUACUUUCAGUGCUGUUGAAAAAACAUGUAAAGUAUGGAACACAGAUGGUGGUAGUGGAGGAGCAAUUUUACAACUUCUUGGAGUCAGUAACAGAAAUGUAAAAACUUUUGCCAUUGAUUCCAUGUAUGUAAAAACUCAGCUCAAACCAAUGGAGAUUCUAAAGUUUGUGAGAUUUGAAUGGGACAACAACAAGGCAUUCUCAUUGAAACCAGGAAAGAAUUUGAAUAAGGUUUCCUUUAGAUUGUAG